AUGAAACCCCGGCGGUGGACCAAGGGCGACUGCCUCGGGAGCGGGUCGUUCGGCACCGUCUACCUCGGCCUGAACGGCGAGACGGGCGAGCUCUUCGCCGUCAAGGAGGUGGCGAUGACGAGGAGAACCGGCGAUACUGGAGGGGAGGCGGUGGAGCAGCUCGAGCAGGAGGUGGAACUCCUGUCUAGGCUUCAGCACCCGAACAUCGUGCGAUACGUUGGGAUAUCGAGGGAGUCCAGGGCGCUGUACAUUUUCCUCGAGUACGUUCCCGGCGGGUCCAUCGCGAGUUUACUGUCGCGGUUCGGCGCGUUCGAGGAGAGCGUCAUCUCGGUGUACACGCGGCAAAUUUUGAUCGGGCUGGAUUACCUGCACUCGCAGCGGUGCGUGCACAGGGACAUCAAGGGCGGGAACAUCCUGGUGGAGAAGAGCGGCAGGAUCAAGCUCGCGGAUUUUGGGAUGGCCAAAUCUCUCGUCGAGCAGAUGGCAGACGGGGGGUCGUUCAAGGGAUCCGCGUACUGGAUGGCGCCCGAGGUUAUCCGGCAGAAGGGCAGCGGUAACCAUCCGGCGGCGGACGUGUGGAGCGUGGGAUGCACCGUGAUCGAGAUGGCCAGCGGCGAGCACCCGUGGGGCGACUGCAGCGGGCAGGUACAGGCGAUAUUCAAGAUUGCGAGCACGAAGGAGCUCCCGCGCGUCCCCGAGCAGCUCUCGCCCGCGGCGUCCGAGUUUGUGCUCAUGUGCCUGCAGCGCGACCCGGACGCUCGCCCCGACAGCGAGGCGCUCCUGCUCCACCCCUUCGUCGUC